UUCCAGCUGUCGUACUCCGAUAAGGACCGUUAUGAGAGGGAGGAGAGGCCUGAUGCUCAGAAACAGAUUCUGGUGGACAUCGCUAAGAGUCUCCCCAUCUUCACUAGAGCUACGUCUGGAGCUAUCAGGUUCUGUGACCGGUGCCAGGUGCUGAAGCCUGACCGUAGUCACCAUUGCUCUGUAUGUGAAACGUGUGUUCUGAAGAUGGAUCAUCACUGUCCGUGGGUGAAUAACUGUGUGGGGUUCUCCAACUACAAGUUCUUCCUCCUCUUCCUGUCCUACUCCAUGGUCUACUGUGUGUUCAUCUCUGCCUCAGUCUUCAGAUUCUUCAUCAACUUCUGGGUGGGGGACCUGCCAAAUGGACCUGCUAAGUUCCACGUUCUCUUCCUGAUGUUUGUGGCUUUGAUGUUCUUGGUCAGUCUCAUGUUCCUGUUGGGUUACCACUGCUGGCUGGUCGUCCAGAACCGGUCCACACUAGAGGCGUUCUCUGCUCCAGUCUUCACCACAGGACCAGACCGUAACGGUUUCAAUGUGGGGGUCAGGAGGAACCUGCAGCAGGUGUUUGGAGACAAUAAGAGACUCUGGUUCCUGCCUCUCUGCACCAGGUGAGACCCUAACCUCUACCUCAUCUAACCUGAC